CCAUUCGAAGCAAGGUCGCGAGUAGCGAGUUUUUGUGCUUAAAACUUAAUUAAAUUCGGCCCGACGAUACGGCCGAACAGAGAAGCCAUAAUUAGUGAAUUCCUAGAGUGCUGAUGUUCAAGUUAUUAGACGAAGUUUGUACUAGUAUUCUAUUUUUAUCACCACAAUGGAUGGUACUUACGACGAGAUCAUCUCCGAUAACCCGUUCUUCGUUGAAUUGAAGACAGAAUACUCUAAUUUGUUUCAACAUUGUAUAACACAAUCUUGGGUAAUAUGUGUCCCUCGGAUUGGAAGUUUAACGACUCGUGUGUUCACCGUCGAAGAUUUUUGUGCUCAUAUACUUGUGCCAAGUGACGAGUUACCGGAGACUCACUAUAGUACGCUAACGGAGAAACAAGUGACUGUGUCCAAUAAAGUGAUUACACUCGAAGUGACCAAAGGAUUGCCUCUACAAAGCCAUAUUUUAUUUGAAGAAACAUUCUACACAGAGGACUUCAUCAAGUACAAAGUGUGGUGUAUUGAAACUCCUCUGGAACCUACUACUAAAUUCAAUGAUAAUGCAAUAUCCAAAGAGUAUCUUACAUCCAUCAAUGACUGUAUUGACUUGCUCUGGACACAAGCUGCUGGUCGUCAAGUUCUUGAUCAAAUUGAACACAAUGUACAGACAUUUUUAAAGAGCCAUCCCACACUACCUGUUGCAGUAGCACCAUUGCGAGACACAGUGAGUGAAUUAUACACACAAUGCCUCCAAAUUGCCUUACAAAAUAGAAGACUCAGAGACAAAUCAAAGUCUUGUAAACAAGUGCUAGAAAACAUAAAGUUAGCUGUAGAGUGCUAUAUGCAGCACUUACUAUUUGAUGCCUUAUUCAAACCUAUAUGCACCUCCUGUGCCUAUGAAGACUCACACCUUAAUAAGAAAAUAAGGAAUAUGUGUGACAUCCAGCUAAGGGACCUGGACAUCAAAAAAGAUCUAUAUCAUGCAGUGCCUAGAGCUAAACAGAUACUUUCCAAGAUAGACACUUACAACACAGUCCUAGAAAAAGUUUUAUGUGUGAAACAAGCCUUAAAUGCCAUCCACAAGAAGGAUGACAGCAACAAUAUUGUUCUACUGACUGCUGAUGACCUGUUGCCAGUGUUUGUGUUCCUUGUCAUCAAGUCUGGCCUUCCCAAUUGGUACAGUCAAUUGAUGUACAUGAAGGAGUUUCGGUUCAGCAGUGUAGGCAAAGGCGAUGCUGAUGAGAGCUCCUUCCUUAUCACUACUUUAGAAGCCGUAAUAGAACACAUUCAAUCUGGAGCACUCACUGGAUCACCAGACCCUGAGUCCUAUUACUAUGAGAGCAACCUCACUGAAGAAAAUGUUAAUGGCAGACAAAGAAAGAACAGUUUAACCGAAUCUAUCUCUACAAGUGACACCAACGGCAAAGAAGAAACUUUAGAAUAUAUCUUUGAACUUAUCAAAGCAAAUCACUGUGAACAAGUAAAAGCAAUUCUACAGAAAAAUCAAAAGCACCUCCAGAGUAUUAAUCUAAAUGAAAAUAAUGUUCUCAAAAUAGCUCUGGAGAACAAUCUGACUGAUGAUGAUGAUGACAGUGACACGGAAAUAUAUCACAAACUCUGUCAUCCCUUGUGUAACUGCAAGAAAUGUUGCUGCAAAAUAUCUAAGAACCUAUUAAAGACUUCCCCCACUGUGACUUCCAGAGACAGUCAUGGGCUUACAGCAUUGCAUGUAGCCUCCAUUCAUGGGAAAGCAAAUGUCGUAGAAUCUCUAAUUGAAAUGGGUGCCGAAGUUAAUGCAACUGACCUCAAUGAAUGCACUCCACUUCACUAUGCGUCAUCAAGAGGUCACCAGAAUGCCUUGCUGCUCCUCCUACACUCAGGAGCUAACAUAGAUAAAGCUAAUAUUGACCAAAAUACUCCAUUACACAUGGCUGUCAAUAAUGGACACUUGAAUUGUGUCAAAGCACUUAUUUACUUCGCAGAGCACAGUAGAAGGAAAAUUAGGAUCAGUUGCGUAAAUGAGAGUGGGAACACGCCAUUACACAUGGCAUCUAAGUGGGGCUAUGAAGGAAUUGCAAGAUUAUUAAUAGAAAAUGGAGCAGAGCCAUCUUUACAGAAUAAGUACAAUAAAACGGCCUUUGACUAUGCUCACAAUUUGAAGAUAAUGCAAGUUUUAAAAUCUUGUACUCCUAGUUUGUACGAGUACAUACAUAUCACUAGUACAGAUGUUAAAGCUUUGAACUGCAAAUCUGACAACCCCGUUGCUCCUAUCAAACUAAAAGUAGUUAACAAAGUGAGUGAUACUAACAAUGUGUCAAAGGCCGUGGAAAAAUUGAAAUUAAUUGAUAGGAUAUUGAAAGCUAUAUCCUAUGGAGAUGUGAAGCUCGCCUGCUUUUAUAUGAACAUCAACUACUCGGCUUAUGUUGACAUGAAAGAUAAGCCUGACACUCCUGAGCAGACUACUCCAUGCCAUCCUCUAUGUGAGUGUGCAAUCUGCAAGAAAAACAAUGAAACAAACUCAUCAGACUUUGAUAUUAAUUUCACUGAUAUAAAUGGUUUUACUGCCUUGCACUACGCAUCUAGAUAUGGUUUAGUAGAAUUAUGCAAGAUAUUGAUACAUAACAAAGCAGAUGUGAAUUGUUAUAACAAAAAGUAUCAAACUCCUUUACAUUUAGCUGCUUUGAAUAAUAAAAUAUAUGUGAUUCGUUUAUUAUUAGAUAGUGGCGCGAAUAUAAACGCGAUUGAUGUAGCAGGGAAUACUCCAUUGCAUGAUGUCUGUGCUAUGGGUAAUAUAGGGGCUGCUAAAAUGUUACUGAGUUAUAACCCCGACUUGUCCUUGCAAAAUGGGUCGGAUAAAACUGCACUCACCUUAGCUAAAGAGAAAGUUCACUUAACAAUAAUUGAUUUGAUAGAUAAGUAUUCAAGUGGUUUGUAAUGUAGGUAUAACUAUACUUAGAAAUACUAAGAGAGGUAUUUUUGGAAUAGGCCUAUUUGUAGUGUAGUGUGGAUGUAGGGAAAUAUGUAUUUCAUAGCUUUAAUUUUGUACCAAUUUGUUUAUCCAAUGGCAUUUUGAAUACAUUCCAAUUAUGUAUGUUAUCAUAUUGUAUGUCACAAUUGUUUGUGUUCAUUAAUUUAAUUUCUUAUUUUGUAAAGAAUAGAACAUGAGUUGUUCUAUAGAAAUAAUUGCAAUGAUUCCUUCUUUAUUUAAAGCACAUGUCAAAUCAACUAAUUCUUAUUUCUGUUUUAAUGUUUGAUUUCAAUGCAGUUUUACUUAUUAGUAAACUGUUUUUAUGAAUCAUUUUUGGCUACCAAUUAGAAUUACUACUUAAUUCCUUUUUAAUUAUUUUUGUAAUUAGCUGGUCUUGCCAGCAAUACUUUUUUUUUCUUUGGCAACCGAGUCUCCAAUACGAUGUUGUCGGGUAUACUGCCAAUAAGCCGCCCUACUUUACUUUAGGGUCUGUUACAAUCGUGUAACGACUUGCCAUAUUUUACUUCUAUUUUUUUUAAUAUUUUGCUUCUUUAGCCAUUAGCACAAAUAAGCUAUCGUCUCAACAAUCUGUGCCAUUCUCUCAACCUACCCACAGUAAGAAUAACAGAAUUCCUCUAAGACUGAUUUUAUUAACAAUAGUAUUUUAUUUUUCUAAUUACGUAAUAACAUUGUUAUUUUAUUUUUAAGUUUUGA